CAGCUACAAACUACAAACCCGGGCUGCGCGCUCACGUGAACUAAUUCAUUGUGAGAGACUGGGAGGAAGCAGCGAGCGACUCGACUGGUCGGUGAAACCAGCUCUGCUCCGGGAAACGCUGAGAAAAUCCGACUGCGAGCCACAGAAACUACAGGAAUGGCAGCCAUUCGUAAGAAGUUAGUGAUCGUGGGGGAUGGAGCUUGUGGGAAGACCUGCCUUUUGAUUGUCUUCAGCAAGGACCAGUUCCCUGAAGUCUACGUCCCCACUGUGUUCGAGAACUACGUUGCUGACAUCGAGGUGGACGGCAAACAGGUGGAGUUGGCUCUCUGGGAUACGGCGGGUCAGGAGGACUAUGACAGGCUGAGACCUCUUUCCUAUCCAGACACUGAUGUCAUUCUCAUGUGCUUCUCCAUAGACAGCCCUGACAGCUUGGAAAACAUUCCAGAGAAGUGGACCCCAGAGGUCAAACACUUCUGCCCCAACGUUCCCAUCAUCCUGGUAGGAAACAAGAAAGACCUGCGUAAUGACGAGCACACGCGUCGAGAGCUGGCCAAGAUGAAGCAGGAGCCAGUGAAAUCAGAGGAGGGCCGAGACAUGGCUGGACGAAUCGCAGCAUUCGGAUACAUGGAAUGCUCCGCUAAGACCAAGGACGGCGUACGGGAGGUGUUCGAGAUGGCCACCAGGGCGGCACUGCAGGCCCGCCGCGGAAAGAAGAGCAAUAAAUGUGUACUGCUGUAAAAUGGCCGACACAUUUGGACUGUUUCACCCUGGGCUACUGUACAUGGGACUGGGGCAUCGGGAGGGACUGAGGGAUGACUAGAUUGGGGAGGGGGGGAGGGAAGGAAAAGCAGUAAACUACUACCGCUGUAAAAUGACUGUUUGUUGGACUGAAUUGACCCUGGGACUUGGGUUUGGGAAGCUUUGAUUGACCGGGUUGGGUGGGUGGAAGGAAGAGGAACGAGGGAGCGCAGGAAAUGACUACCGCUGUAAACAUUGGGCUCUUCACCUGUAGGGUUACCAUCAAGGUGGGACAUUUCCACCAGCCUUGUCAUGUGUCUCAAGCCACUUACACUGAUAAAGAACCUUCAGAGAUCCUGGUCCUUUCCACCGUCAGAGGAACAUUUAUCCCAGUGUGUUAAUAUCUGGACUUGGGGGUGACCCUGAUGAGACUAAACCAGUUUUCAAAGUUUUAUUAUGCGCUGUAGUGAUCUGGAAAAGUUGUUUUAACAGCUCCAAUAGUGAAAAAAUCACCAAUAAACAGUGCAUUAAACAGGAUUGAGGUCAAAUGGCUUGCAGUUUAAUUCAAGAACAAAAAAGUUAUUUUGCCUAAAAUUGGGCAUUUAGAGAAUUUUUCCUUGAGAGGAUUGUAUGCUCUAUAUGAAACCAGUGGUCAUGUGCUGUCAGGUGCUCAGGUCUUGUGUGUUGUAUUAUCAGAGAGGCGUGGAGCCACAUGCUCACAUGUCCAGCUCAGUUCCAUUUAGUCCCUGACUGGGGCUAAUCCUAUGCGUACAGACUCAGUGACAAACACAUUGAGCCCUGCUCUCACUCAGAUUAUUUGUUAUAAUGACCCGAUAGUAAAUACUGUUAGUUCAAAUUAAAUUGCCCUCAGCGCUGGGUUUAAACUGAAGCUACGUGCUGAUCUGUAAUCCAGUGGCUCUAUUCACCACCUGUAUUGCAGUCGCUGCUGUAAAUAUCAGGCAUCACCGCAGUGCUACAGAGGAAGUUAACAUGCAUCCAGAGGAGCACCAGUGGGACUCCCUCAGUGUCCUAACCAGACACUGAACUGUCCACAUGCUGCUGAAUCUUUAUGGUGUUUGAUCGGUCUACUUUUGGAGAUGAUCAGCUCUCACGUGAAGGUGAUUUAACAUUUGAUAAAUUCUCUCGACUGAAUCAGUGGCAGUUGAAUUGUUUGUCCCACUGGGUGAAAAGGGUAUCUUCCUGUCCUGCGUAGUACAACCUGAGCAAACUGCGCCACUCCCAUCCCUUCCUGUUCCACACAGCUGACUGCUGGUGCUCACCUUCCCCUGGUUUGAGACCAGGACAAAGAACAAGGAGGAGAGUAUUGUGUUUACAUGCACACCACUGAUCUCCUUAUUCGGGACAAAUGAUUCAUUUUUGUGUGUAGGCAUGUAUAAAAAGGUCAAAUGUACAGGCUCUGAUAAUCCCAUGUUAUCCAUCGUUUAUGUUUGUCUUUGAUUGGUUAAAUGUUGCUAUCUACCAUCUGCAUCAACAGUUUAACCUAAAAAGACAAACAUGACCUUUUUCAUCCAUAAUACUUUGCAUGGAAACCCCAGAAUGGUCCGAUUUGGAGAUAAACAUUCAGGUAAUCUUCAUCACUAACAUGCUGAGUGAGAAUUAACCACCUGCUGUGUGUUGGAAAAACACUUGGUUUUAAUUUCUUUUAAUAUUUUUUUUUUUUUUAAGUCUUUUAUUUUAGAAAUGAAAGUGUGGCCAGUUAUAUUUGGGAUUUAUGAGUCACCAGCCUUCCCUGACUUUUCUGUGUGUUUUACUGCAAGACUGAGGCUCUCUUCUGAGUGUUGCAUCCUGUUCUUCUUCCUGGUCCACAGGGAGGAGCCUGUUCCAGAUACCCAGUUUUGUGUCGUUGUUUUCAUACUUUUGUUUUCUGCUUUAAAACAAGUCAUAAAUAUGUCUAUCAGUAUUUAAAAAUAGGAGGUGGAAGACUAGGGGACUGCUCAUGUGUUGUCGCUUUAGUUUAUUCUUCUUUUGUGCUUUACCUGAAUUUUUAUUUUUAUUUUUAUGAUGAUUUUCAAUUGGGUGUAACGACUCGUCAAUCAUCCCUGCCAAAUGCUGUUGUUAGGCAGUCAGGAGAAAGGCUGGCCCCUCGGCUGCCUGUCUAGAGCAUCACUAUGACCACGUGUGCUGGCUUUUUUUGUUUGUUUGUUUUGAAUACAAACUUGGCUGAAAAGACAAAAGGAAAAAAAACGACUCUAGUCUCCUUAUUAUGUACAAAUCAUUUUUAUUUCUAGUUUUUAUUGUAUUUUUAAAUCCUGAUUUUGGAUGCUGAAGCAGUGAUGUACACAAAAGGAACAGGAAAACCAAGCUGUAUGCAAAAGUCUGUAAAUAUGAAAUGUGGGUUUGUUCAUACUAGACUAUACACAUGCACAGGACUGGAAACUAUUUGUAAACUAGCUUUGGUUUGUGUAAUAAAUUACUUUCUAUAACA